CAUCGGACCAUCACCGGCACUUGUAAACUCUCGAGUCUUACGAGCCCUGCUGGUUCGUCGUAUUUCGUCCUCUCUAACUCCCGCCCAAAAAUCUUCGGGUUAUUCAGAUUCAGCCAUUGAAACAACCUUGAGAAGAGUUUGAAAGAUGAGCAAAGUCGAGGUUGAAGAAGACAUGGAAGGAGAUCGCAUCCCAACUAACGAUUACUACUUCGAGAGAAUCGGCCAACCUAUCAGUAUCAAAGAGGAUGAUGCUCAAUUCGAUCUCGAUAACCCUCCGUCACAGCCUCUCGCUAUCUCCGAACGCCACGGCCUCGUUUUCGUGGCACACUCCUCCGGGUUUUUCGUUGGGAGGACUAAGGAUGUAAUUUCUGCAUCGAAGAAGAGUGUCGGGAAAGGUGAUAAGGUUUAUAUCCAGGAUUUGAGCCUCGUGGAUGUACCUGUUGGAGACGUUCGUAUCUUGUCUCUCUCAGCGGAUGAUUCGAUUCUUGCUGUCUCCGUCGCUGCUGAUAUUCAUUUCUUCUCUGUCGAUUCACUUCUUAAGAAGGAUGCAAAACCUUCUUUUUCUUAUUCACCUGAUCAUGAGUCAGGCUUUGUUAAGGAUUUUCGGUGGACAAGGAAACAGAAGCAUUCAUAUCUUGUUCUUUCUAGUUCUGGGAAGCUCUUUCAUGGAAUUGACAAUGCACCCCCUAAACGUGUUAUGGAUGGUGUUGACGCGGUUGAAUGGAGUUCGAAAGGGAGUUAUAUUGCUGUAGCCCAAGAAAAAAGCCUGCGGAUUUUUUCAUCAAAAUUCAAUGAGAAACGGUGCAUAGCACUAUCGUUUGACGCCUGUAUUGGCGAUUCUGAUGAAGCCUGUUUAGUCAAAGUUGAUACUAUCAGAUGGGUACGCAACAACUGUAUUCUUCUUGGAUGCUUUCAGCUGAUUGAUGGCAGGGAAGAAAACUACUUUGUUCAGGUUAUCAGGAGUCCAGAUGGGAAGAUUUCUGAUGAUUCGUCCAAUUUGGUUGCUUUAUCCUUCUCCGAUUUGUUUCCAUGUUCUAUGGAUGAUCUUGUUCCGGUUGGUGUUGGACCUCAUUUGCUCUUUAGCUACAUAGACCAAUGCAAACUGGCGAUCACCGCAAACAGAAAGAGCAUAGAUGAGCAUAUUGUUGUACUUGAUUGGUCACCUGGUGAUAACAAAACUGCAGUCUCUGUUGUUGAUAUUGAUCGAGAGACCUUUUUGCCAAGGAUUGGGCUCCAAGAGAAUGGCGAAGACAAUAUGAUUAUGGGACUCUGUAUCGAUACGGUUUCUGUGGAGGGAACUGUUAAUGUCCGUUCUGGAGAUGAUGAACUUAAAGAACUCCCGCCAUAUUUUGUUCUUGUGUGCCUCACUUUGGAAGGAAAACUGAUCAUGUUUAAUGUUGCUAGUGUUGCAAGACCCCCAGCUUCAUCUCAUGUUGAUUUGGUCUCUUCUUCUGAUACAGAAGAUGCAUAUACCCCUUCGGUUGAAGAUGAUCUUUCUAAACAAUCUUCUGAAGAGCCUGAACAACAUCAAAAGUCGAGUUUUUCAGUACAAAAUGAACAGAAACGCCUCAUCUCAGAGGAGUUCGCUAUCGAAGAAAGGUUCCCAAACGAUAACAUAUUUAGUAAGGAAUUUGAGUCUGUAAAAAGUUCAGUGUCUGGGGACAAGAACAAGAAGCAAGAAACAUAUGAUGAAACACCGUUAAAGGUUGAAGAUGGUCAACAAAGCAUGAUUCCUAGGCAGUUCGGAUCAAGUUUUGGGCAACCACCUUUGCCCUUAGGAUAUGACACCAAUAAAUUUGCAGGAUUCGGUCCUGUCAGCCGUGUUCCUGAAAAGCUUCAAAAUGAAAUAUCUGCGCAGUCUAAGUCUCUGCAUUUACUGGCCAAUGUUGAGUCAAAGAGUAAACCAGCUUUAUUUGGAUCUCCUGGCCUGCAAAACACUUUUUUUCAGUCACCACAAAACUCACCAUCUCAGCCAUGGUCAAGUGGGAAAGGCAUCUCACCGCCAAAUUUUUUACCCAGUCCCUUUCCUUCUGUGAAAGAUACUCAGCAUAAGCAAUCUGUACAGUCUGGAACCGGUAUUGUGAAUCCUCCUAUGAGCAUCACCGAGAAACCUGUACAAGUCAUUGAGACUGGAAGAGCAUCAGCUCUGAGCAAUUUUAGUCCUCCGCUAGGCCAAAAUCGGGACGCUAAUGAAGAAAUAGAGAAAAUUGAGCCAGUACCUUCUAUCCGUGCCUCUCAAUUGUCACAACAGGUGAAAUCUUCAUUCGAAAAAUCCGCUAGUAAUCAGCAGCACAAAACUCCGCUCAGUACUGGACCUCUGAGACUCGACCAUAACAUGUCAAAGCAACCCAGUAAUAUAAAUGAGAUGGCCAGAGAUAUGGAUACGCUUUUGCAGUCCAUUGAAGGACCGGGGGGUUUCAAAGAUUCUUGUGCUUUUUUACUUGAGAGCGAGGUUGAAGAACUGGAGCAAGGACUUGAAAAUCUUGCUGGCAAGUGCCAAACGUGGAAGAGCACUAUUCACGAGCAGCAAGCAGAGAUCCAACAUCUUCUUGACAAAACAAUUCAAGUUUUGGCAAAAACGACAUACAUGGAAGGUAUGUAUGAGCAAACUGCUGAUAACCAGUACUGGCAACUUUGGAACCGUCAGAAGUUGAAUCCUGAGCUUGAGGCCAAGCGGCAGCAUAUUAUGAAACUAAAUAAGGAUUUGACCCAUCAACUGAUUGAACUAGAGAGAUAUUUUAAUCGGCUUGAACUUGAUCGCUACCAUGAGGAUGGUGGGCUAACUGUGGCACGAAGAGGCGUGCCAACUAGAUCUGCUCCUUCCAGACGUGUGCAAUCCCUUCACAGCCUUCAUAAUACAAUGUGUUCCCAAUUGGCAGCUGCUGAGCAACUCUCUGAGUGUCUCUCAAAACAAAUGACACUUUUGAAAAUCGAUUCACCUGUAAAAAAGAAUGUGAAGCAGGAAUUGUUUGAGACAAUUGGGAUCCCUUAUGAUGCUUCUUUCAGUUCACCAGAUGCGGUAAAAGCUAAAAAUUCAGGAAAAAACUUAUUACUCUCUUCUAUUCCUGCAAGUAUAAAUGCAAAGUCAAGACAACGCCAAUCAUCUGCUAUGAAAAGUUCUGAGCCUGAAACUGCCAGGAGGAGAAGAGAAUCACUAGACAGGAAUUGGGCUGCUUUUGAGCCUCCAAAAACAACUGUCAAAAGGAUGCUUCUGCAGGAGCAACAGAAAACUGGUAUGAACAACCACACUGUCUUGAGUGACAGACUACGGUCUGCGAAUAAUUUACAAAAGCAAUCACUGCUUCGCCUGAAAGAUCAUGCAUCACCUGUAGUCUCCUCGAAUAAGGGUAUUAUGGAGUCAUUCCAACAAGACACAUCUGAAGCUCAAUCAACCCCAUUUAAAACGAGGCCACCUAUGCCACAAUCCAACAGUCCCUUUACCAUCUCUCCAAUCUCUGCAUCCAAACCAAGUUUUAAUUGGUCUGGAAAUAAUUCUAGCAGUACAACUUCUUAUACUGAGGAUGCCCCACUGAAGAGUAAGGAUACAAGGCAAGUUUUACAACCAGGAGCAUCAAAUUUUCCUCUGAAACUACCAGUAGCCUCGACUGUAUUUGAACAGACAGAAAACAAGGCUGGAGAAUUCAAAUUUUCUGAAGCUAAGGCCAAUGCGUUUGUUGAAACAGCUGCUGGAAGUGCGCAGCGGCUUUCUACCACAUCAUCCGGAUCUGAUUUUGAAUCAAACAAAGGUCUUGACACUCAGCUUUUACCGACGUUUACUGGUGCCGGUGCAUCUAGUUUCCCUUCAAAAUCUUUGUUUGGUUUCAAAACCAGUGGCAGUAUCCCUGGUGAUAAAGUUACUUUUCCUGCUGAAACAGUAUCAGUUUCUUCUUUACCUUUGUCUAGUACAUCACUUGAUUCCGUUUCCACCUUUUCUACACCAUCAUCACCUCUAGUGUCAUCCUCUACACAAGAUUUAGUUCCAGCACCUAUUCCCAUCAGCUCAAAACCAGCACCACAGACGUUUACGGUCACGUCUACAUCUACAGUUUCAGCUACGGAUUUCAGUGUUCCAUUUGGUAAAUCGUUGACCAGUGCCAAUGUAGAUCUCAAUCAAGCAGCUACAUCAACACUUUCUCCAUCACCUGGCCCAACAACUGGUUUCUCUUUUAAAUUACCAGCUUUGUCUACAUCGUCCCCUGAAAUCGUCUCAUCCUCAAUAGGCCAAUCUUCAUUAUUUCCUCCAUCUUCUACAGCAUCGCAAGUGUCAUCUAAUCUGGUAUCUGCAAGCAACUUUCUGUCCGAUAGUAAUCGUUUGCUUUCAUCAACUUCCUCAUCUUCGACUCCCCUUAGUACCUCAACCGCUCCUAAUGCGUUUCAGUCUCCUCAAGUUUCCACCCCGUCUUCUGUCGCAUCCAUUAUAGAGCCAGUCUCAGAAUCUAAGCCAGAGGCUCAAAGUUCUUCAAUUCUAAAAACGGAAAGUACUGUUGAUUCUGUAGCAAAUGCAACAAAAACACAGAUCGAGCCGCUACCGGUGAAAAGUGAGACUUCAAACACAGAGACUACUGUAACCCCUGGCAGUUCAUCUGGGUUUUUGUCUGGAUUUUCAUCAGGAACACAGUCUAGUUUUGCAAACAUGGCGCCUCCUUCAUUCAGUUGGCCAGGUAGUUCUCAGCCACAACAGCUAUCGACUACACCUGCCCCUUUCCCUGCGUCCUCACCAACUUCUGCAAGUCUAUUUGUCGAGAAAAAAGAUAUUGUAGAUACACAGGAAGAUGAAAUGGACGAAGAAGCUCCAGAGGCUAGCCAGACAACUGAACUUAGUAUGGGAAGUUUUGGAGGUUUCGGACUUGGGUCAACUCCAAACCCGGCUGCCCCCAAAGCCAAUCCAUUUGGUGGUCCCUUUGGUAAUGCUACAACGACAAGUACUCCAUUCAAUAUGACAGUCCCUAGUGGCGAGCUAUUCAAGCCUGCAUCGUUCAAUUUCCAAAAUCCUCAACCAUCUCAACCAGCAGGGUUUGGUGCGUUUUCUGUAACACCUUCUCAGACACCUGCUCAGAGCGGAUUUGGCCAACCGUCACAGAUUGGUGGGGGACAGCAAGCUCUGGGGUCGGUUCUUGGCUCCUUUGGGCAGUCGAGACAAAUUGGUGCUGGUCUCCCAGGAGCUACGUUUGGUUCUCCUUCUGGAUUUGGUGGCUCUAACCCAGGAAGCAGUCUGCCAAAUGCACCAGCAUCCGGUGGUUUUGCUGCUGCUGGUUCUAGUUCCACAGGAGGCUUUGCGGGAAUGGCUUCAGCUGGUAGAGGCUUUGCUGGUGCUUCUUCUACUCCUACUGGUGGCUUUGCGGCCUUAGCUUCAGGUAGUGGAGGCUUUGCUGGUGCAGCUCCAGGAGGAGGAGGCGGUGGAUUUGGUGGACUUGGUUCAGGCUCUGGAGGUUUUGGAGGUUUUGCUCCUCAGAGUAGUGGAGGUUUCGCAAGUGCAGCAGGAGGUGGUGGUUUUGGUGGUUUUGGCGGCCAAGCCCAAGGUCAAAGCGGUGGUGGUGGGUUCUCAGCCUUUGGUGGGAACUCAGGGGCAACAGGAAAUCCAUCGGAACUCUUUACACAGAUGAGAAAAUGAUCUCUAGCCUUAGACUUACGCUUGUGUCUAGAAAUUUUGGUCUUCCACCUUAGACUAUCUCUAGUCUUAUGAUCCGAUAAAUAUAUUAUUGUGUGUUGUCUUGUUUGUGUGCAUUAAAAAUGGAUUAAAAGUCAA